AUGGGUGGUGGCCACGAAAACAAAGUCGAGCAAUUACCGCCAAAUUUCCGCUUCUCGCCCGACGAUCGCUUCUACUUGGCCCCGCCAUUCUGCCAUCUUCUCCAUUAUAGAGCCGCCUGCCUGCCAGCCGUCGCCUUCGAAAUCAUCUGCCUUGCUUCGGGACUAUGGGCAUUGACGCAAUGCUCCGAAUUUUUGGCCCUGUGGGUGGUGCUCCUCUUCGCCGCCCUCCUGUUGAUGGCCGUCGUUUCCGGCGCGAUGAUGGUUUUCGCCGUGAUUAACGACAAGCCAGCGUGGUUCCUGCCCAAGAUGUUGAUCUUGCAACUGGAAAUCUUUGUGCUGAUGGUGGUGGCGUUGGUGGCAAUUGUGGCGAUGUCGAUU